CAUUGGAGAUCGUGUAGCUGUGGAAUCACUUGAAUUGUUUACAAAUUUGCAAACUUUAGAUAUUUUCAUUGAUUUAGAAAGCUCAACCAAAUCAUACAAUCGUUUGAUACUUUCAACAAUAGCUAAAACUAGUUUUUCAAGACUUGAAAACAUGCGUAUUACGAUUUUAGGUUCUGAUACUGCAUCUAUUAGAAACGAUUUAAAAAAAGUUACCGAAAUUUAUGGCCAUACUUUAAAAGAACUAAGUUUUUGUGAUCCGAAACCUUCACAAGGUGAUUUAACUAUUUUAGAUACAAUUAGAGAUGCUCCUCAUGCAAGAUAA